ACGAGUAUCAUCUGUCACAAUCGCCAUUCGACAACAACACACAUCCCUAGUGACCGGCGUAACAUUGCCUACAUAAAUGAGUGGUUCAUUAGUAUGGAUAUUGUGAAGGAAACAUUAAGGAGCACAGAGUCAUUCAUAUGAUCGAUUGACAAGAAGGAAUGAAGAAGUAAUCGAAAGAAGGGAGAGAAGUUAAGAAAUAGUAACCUAAGAAAUAUUUCUCCAUCUACCUCCACUCAGUAAUAAUGACUUUUUUCCAUUUUGGAAACUGCCUGGCGCUGGCCUACGGACCUUACUUCCUCACCUACAAAUACUCUGGAAUGACAGAGUAUGGGGCAUUUUGGAAGUGUGUCCAGGUUGGUGGCAUGUACCUUCUUGUCCAGCUUUGCAAGAUGCUGCUGUUGGCCACUUUCUUCCCAACUUUGGAUGGUCCUUUAGAGGCUUCUGGCCUUCUCACUGAGCUUGUAAAGACAACUGUAGACUUUGGUGAUGUGAUGGGAAUGAGUGUGGUGCUAAGCCGAGUGCCAGGUGCUGGUCACAUCAAGGUGCUGAUUACAGGCCUAGGUUGGGCUGCAGCAGACCUACUCCUAACACGAGCACUGCCACUGUGGGUGGGUGCACGUGGCCUUGAAUUUGACUGGAAGUACAUUCAAAUCAGCCUUGAUGCUAACAUAAGCCUGGUCCAUCAUCUUAAUUUGGCACUCCUGGUAUGGCUGUGGUGGCGUGUGGACCUGGCUCCUCCUGUGCGUCCUAUUGCUGCAGUGUUACUAGCUGGGUGUGUUUAUCGGCCAUUGCUGCCACAAGUGCUAACCCUCCUGAUGGGCUCUCAACCAGCGGGAUUCACACUCUUAGCUGCCAAUGCCACAACUACAUUAUGCACAGCCCUUAUUGCCUCACAUGUGUUUAUUACACACACAUGUGGUUAAUGCAAGUCUUGACCUCCAGGUAUGGUAAUUUUGUUUAAGUGAUUGAAUUUUUCUUUAUUUUUUUUUAUGGAAGUCAUGGCUUAUAUGUAAUUAUCUGUACAUCUUCCUUUAUUUAUUCAUUUAUUUUCAUUUUUGCUUAUGUAUACAUAUGGUUAGCUACAAUCUCUAUCCAUGAAUUUAGAAAAUGUUUAAAGCUCCCUGUUAACUUUGCAUAACACUAAAUUAUCGUAUUCAUUCCAAUCACCUACCACUGUUUGAGUGUUGCUGCAUCAGCUGUUAUUAUAACUGUAUCUAGUACUUUUUCAUGUUCUAUCCUGAUUACUAACUUUAGAGGUCUCAUUUUCAUUCUUCUAGUGAUAAACAGUUUUGUUAUUUGUACCCAUGGUUUUUGUAAAUAAAAGUAUACUUUUU